AUGUCUCGCAUUAUUCACCGCAAACUUCAGUCCGUCAAGGAAAGGGUCAAAGAAGAGGUUGACCAGAAAUCCAAGCCGUCAGGAUGGGUUUUACCAAAAGAACCAUCCAGCUUUGGGGACGACACAUGGACGAACAAAGAUCUUGAUGUCACCCCCGUCGAGAGAAGGACGUGGACUUCUCUCACAAUCCUAGGCUUUUGGAUAAGUGAUGCGAUGAGCGCUCAGACCUGGGAGGCCCCGUCAAGCGUCCUCUCUGUUGGCCUCACUUGGCGCGAAGCAGUCUAUUCCAUCAUCAUCGGGCAGUUGGUGGCUGCCAUUCCUGUCGUUCUGAAUGGCGCCAUGGGUGCGAGCCUCCACGUCCCAUUUCCCAUCGCGGCCAGGUCGUCAUUUGGCUUCUAUUUGUCUCGGUUUGCCGUGGUGGUUCGAAUGGUGUCUGCCCUCUUUUGGCACGCGAUACAGACCUACACUGGCUCGACGGCCAUGACUCAGUGCAUCAGAGCCAUAUGGCCUUCCUAUCUCAACAUCCCCAACCAUAUCCCCAGUUCGGUGGGGAUUACGACACAGCAGAUGGUCUCUCAUCUCAUUUUCUGGAGUGUGCAGUUCCCCUUCCUACUCACCCCUCCCCACAAGUUAAAGUGGUUUUUCACCUUCAAAUCUGUCGUGGUCACGGUCUCAUCAGUGGCCAUGGUCAUUACGAUGACUGUGAAAGCCCACGGUGCUGGAGACAUCUGGGACCAAGGUUCAACGGUCAGGGGGUCCACCAAAUCUUGGUUGAUUCUGCACUGUCUGUCGUCGACCAUGGGCGGCUGGUCAACUCUGGGAACGAACAUUGCGGAUUUCACAAGAUAUAUGAAAACCGACAAAGGAGUAUACUGGCAAGCGUUGUUUCUUCCGGGAAUUUCACUUGUCCUGGGGCUCUUUGGAAUCAUCUGCACGUCGGCCGCCAAGGUAGUAUACGGGGAAUAUAUCUGGGAUCCCGUCAGCCUGAUCGCCCUCUGGGACGGCCCAUCGGGGCGGUGUGGAGCGUUCUUCGUUGGAUUAUCAUGGGUUGUCGCACAAAUCGGUACCAACUUGAGCGCCAACGUCAUCUCUUGCGCCAAUGAUAUGGCGUCGCUGUGCCCGAAAUACAUCAACAUCCGCCGUGGAGCUAUCAUCGUGACCAUUACUGGUAGCUGGAUCAUGGUUCCCUGGAAGAUUGUUCACAGCGCAGAGUCUCUUCUGACGUUCAUGGGCGGUAUGGCCGUGUUCCUGGUACCCGUUGCCUCGAUCCUGGCCGCCGACUUCUGGAUCACCAAGCGCAGGCACAUCGACGUCCCAGCGCUUUACCAGCGUCACGGCCGAUACCGUUACAACCAGGCUGGAACCAAUUGGCGGGCCGUGGCAGCAUUCCUCGUCGCCGUGACACCGAAUUUACCAGGUCUCGCACAUGCUGUAAACCCCAAGUUGCACAUUGGAGGAGCAAAGUACAUAUACGAUGUGUUCUACUUCUGGGGUCUCUUCAGUGCGUUCGUCUCGUACAGCCUCCUGAGUGCACUCUUGCCGGCAAGAGAGACACUCCUGUCAGCUUCGGUACUUGGAGAUGUUGCUGCACUUGACGGCGUCGAGGGUGAAGAAAUGCAGGAUCCCACUGCCUUUGAAGAAGCGUUGAAGGGAAAGGCCAACGUCGAAGCCGAAGCCGUGGCUGUCUGA